AUGGCUGAGGCGACCAAGCGCCCGGCAUCCGUGCUUGACGAAGACGACUCGUCCUCGGACGUCGAGCAGCAGCCGGCCAAGCGGCAUCGGGCCGCCUCCAUCGAUGCGGCGAUUAUGGGCGCUACGACCACCGCCAGUGAUAAUGACGCCAACGGUAGCAGCAGGUCAGGUCCCUGCCCUCAGCUUCAGCCCCAGCCCCAGCCCAGGCCGCUUCUGCCCCCACAGGCCGGCCAGGCCCAGCGCUCCACCCACUCGAGUGACACCGACAUCCUUCCGGAGGACCGGCUCAGGGCAAUGGACUCGGGAGAGCUCGUUGGCAUAGUCUAUAAGACGCACGCGGCACUCAAAGUUGUGUCCAAUCAGUAUCAAGACGUCGCGAGGCAGCUAAACGAGGUGAAAGCCUGCCUGUCCGUAUUUCUUAGCGGCGGCGCGGCGGCGUUUGGGAAUGCCAGUCUCUAUAUGCAAAGGCUGCUGACCUCGGCGCCAGCCCCGGCGCUAAAUCUGUCAGAGCACCACGGGCUGCCUGGGCUCCCGCUCACGCGCCCGGCCGACCGCAUGCAGCAUUCCUUCGGCGCCCCGCACGCCCAGCCGCCGCCUCGCGCCAUGUCCUUCUCGACCGCGUCGGCGACCGAGGUGGCAGCUGCCGCAGUCGCCGCGGUCGCCGCCGCCUCCUCGUCCGCCGCCGCAUCGCCGACGCCGGGACCGGGGAUGGAGUGGAGCACGCCCCCUCCGCCGCUGCCGGCCCAGCCCCCGGCCCAGGCCCCGGCCCCGGCCACCCACCAGCCCUUUAGGCGCAUCAACAGCCCUGAGCGGACGGCGCUUAAGCUCGAUUUCCCGCCCGAGCUGGGCGGCAUGCCCCGGGUUAUCGCCUACAGCAAGCUGGACACGGUGGGCGAGAUCUGGCAGGAGUACAAGUACGGGCUCGACGGCGUCAUGGCCAUCGAGGCCAUCGAGAAGAGCUGGGGCAGCCGCUGGCGGCCCGACGCAAAGGGCCGCACGUGGUUCUCGCGCCGCAAGAUCAUCUGGGACAAGAUACGCGAGUACAUGCACGACGGUCUCGACGAGGAGGCCGCCGUCGCCGCCGUCGAGGCCAAGCGCGCGACCCGGACCAUCCACCACCUCCUCGCCGUCCUCAGCAAGGAGCGCAAGGAGACCAAGCGCGAGUGGAAGAAGAACGCCGCCGAGGCGACGGCCGAGAAGAGAAAGGCCCAGGAGACGGCCCCACGCGCCGCUCCCUCGGGCGCUUCUCCCCAGUGACCGGCUCCGCCCUACCCGAGCCGGACGUCCGUUUUGCAUACGGCUGUCUAUCAGCCCCCGAACAUGACCAUACACCACACCUUUAAGCUAUGAUUAAUACUCUUCCCUUCUUUUCUCGCACAUUCUAGUUGUUAUUUUGUCUUCAUCCUUCCCUUGUGUCUGCUGUCAGCCUUGUUGUUGACUGUUGACUUUCUCUGUUACGUUCCAUGUGUCUCAUCAUGUCCACACCCGAGUACCAGGAAAGGGAAGGCUCGUUGUGCCAAUGACUGGCUGGUAAUGUGGUGACGUCUUCGUAUUGAUUUGGGUCGGCUUUGUCUUCCCUACUAGGGCGGCGCACUGUCUGUCGGCUUGCUGUUUGUUACUUGCCUACUUAUGAUACCCACUACUGUUUUGCUACCCGAG